GCUCGUCCGCAUUCCCAUUGAAUCUUUAUCCGCACAUUGCUUUAGCCCUUGUCUCUUGCUAUUGGUGACGGCAACAUGGAAGCGUUUCAAUUACUUUCUCGCGGAGGCGCACGCUUCGACAAGAAACGGUUCCAGAACGACGUGCAAAUAUUUAAUAAGGAGAAGGCAAGCAAGUCCAAGGGCAAGGCGCCAGUCAAAGCUGUUGAUGGAGAGAUCCCGCCUGAACUAGAUUUCUUCAAGUAUGCACAAGGCAGCUCUGUCAAACGGAAGGAGCCGGAGAGCAGCACGCAGCUGGAGAACGACGAGGCCGAUGCACGAGGGAAGAAGCAGAGAACAGCAGCUGCGGAGGACGAUGAGGACGACAGACGGGAGGAAGAGCCACCCAUGCCUAGACACAGGGUCACCACGAAGGGCUCUAAUGUCCCGGCGCAUGUGGAAUCAUUCCAGGAACUGUGCGAGAGAUACAGUAUGUCUACACAUCUCCUGCCCAACCUGUCCAAGAGCGGAUACAAGUGCCCGACUGGAAUUCAGUCGUACGGCAUCCCUAUACUCAUGGAGUCGCGGGACCUGGCUGCAAUCUCUCCGACGGGUACAGGAAAGACAUUGUCCUACCUCUUGCCAAUCAUGUCCCAUCUCGAUGCUCCAUCCUCGCGUUCAAAGGCCGAUUGCGGUGCCGGCGUUCGGGCUCUUGUCCUGGCGCCAACGCGCGAGCUUGCCCACCAAAUACAUAAUGAGUGCCUCAAACUAGCUCAGGGUCGAAAGUGGAGAGUGGUGCUAUUCAGCAAAGCGACUGCUAGCACGCUAGCAGACAAGACCGUCCGCGACAAAGUCGACAUCAUCAUCAGCACGCCCCUCCGGCUGGUCUCGGCCCUCCAAGCAGGGCACCUCGAACUGAAUAACGUGCGACAUGUGGUUCUCGACGAAGCCGAUCGCAUGCUCGAUUCAGAGUUUCUGUCCCAGGUGCAAGAAAUUAUUGCCGCUUGUACGUACCCACAAGUCCAGAAGGCCGUCUUCAGCGCUACGUUGCCGGCAGGCGCGGAAAGGACCGCGAUGGGUAUGCUUCAUGACCCAAUACGCGUUGUGGUUGGUCUCAAAGACACACCUCUCCCUUUAAUUUCGCAAUCACUUACCUAUGUUGCCGAUGAUUCUUCCAAAUUGCCGGCACUUCUACAGUACCUGUCACAGCCAUAUAAUCCUCCUAUCCUGGUCUUUGUCUCGUCUCAGCCACGUGCAACGUCCCUUGCAGAGGAGCUGGUAUUACAUAGUGUACCAAACGUGGACUGCCUGCAUGCCGGCAUGACAAAGAAAGAGCGGGAUGAAGCUGUCGCGCGUAUGAGGCGGGGUGAAAGCUGGGUGAUGGUCAGUACCGAAGUCAUGGCAAGGGGUAUGGACUUCAAAGGCGUGCGGGAAGUGAUUAAUUACGAUUUCCCACAAAGCGUCCAGAGCUAUGUGCAUCGCAUCGGGCGAACGGGGCGUGCUGGUAGGGAAGGCAAGGCGAUAACGUACUUCACCGAUGAAGACGCACCAUUUUUGAAGACCAUCGCCAAUGUACUCCUUCAGUCUGGAUCGACGGUGCCUGAUUGGAUCAUGAAGCUUCCAAAGCCAUCGAUGCUCAAGAGGCGGCAAAUGGGGAAGGUGAAGCGUGCUGAAGCGGUGAACAAUGCAAGCAAGGUAGGCCGGGAUGAUGCGAUCAAGAAGAGAGAGAUAAUUGCUGGUUCGAUGAGACGGAAGAAUAAGGCAGAGAAAAAAGCGGAUGCGGCAGUCAACAGCGAUGGCUCUACGGGGGAGCAACAGUAGUAUAAAAGGACAACAUCUUCUGCAAGCGAUUGCAAUGAGGCGAGUACUAGACGAGCAUGGAAUUCUAUACACUGUUCUCUCGUUAUUUAGUGCGACGCCUCCUCUGCUAUCGCGCUAUCGAGUGGCUACGCACAGAGAACGUGACUACUCGGAGUGGCCGGCAUCAGGUACGGGGUGGACACGGGCACCAGGCCUUUACAGCAUGCUUCGCCAUAUGCGGACAGCACAAUUGCUCCCCGCGCCAUUGUAAGAGAACGAAGGCCAGCUUUCGGAGAAAGACGAGAGUCUAGCUGUGGUUCGUAAGAUGAUGAUGAUUAUCGCGGAUAGAC